GUACUUCAUAAAUAUCUCCUUUAAUAAUUUUCAUCCUUUCGUUAUCUUCUUAAUAAUUUUAUCUCCUCCUAAAAAUGAAUCCACUAGUUGUUCUUUAUAGAAUACUUCGUAAAUUUUAUAAAGGGUUAAAGCGUAUAGAAAAGGUUUUCUUGUACACAUAUAUUAUAGAUAUGUUCAUAUAUAGUUUUCUGUUCGUUAGCACUUUAAUCUUAACAGGAGAAUUCGACAUGUAUUUUAUACUUAUUCCAUUAAUAUUUUUUCCUAUAAUAUCAGGGAUGAUUAUGUUCUAUGGUAAAACUGUUUAUCAUGGAUUAGCAUUCCUUGGUGUACAUAUAUUUCCUAUUAUUGGAGGGAUAGCUAGUUUUUAUACUCAAUAUUUUCAUUGUAGAGACCAUACUAAGUCAUGUUUUGCAAAUCUUAAGUUUUAUAUAAUAGGUUCAUCUUUUUUAAUUGCAAUUUCAAUUUUAUUUCAAUUACUAUAUACAUUAGAUGUAAUAUGGUCUCUGGUAUAUGAAUUCAAAUAUUCUAGGCAUGAUGAGAUUAAAGAAAUGCAUGCAAUAUAUGAGGUCCAAUUUCCAUUGUUUCAUGCCCAGAUAAUGAUGAUAGGAUUAUUGUUAGUUGCUUAUUUAGUAGGAAUAGCACUAACAAAAAGACGAAUUAGUUCUCGAAACCUAUUUAUCAAUUAUCAAGUGCCAUUCAACAUAAUAUUCCUUUAUUAUUCAUUUUUUAUGCUCAAAGGUGUGAGGGAUGAAAAACAUUAUAUAAUGUUUAUCGUGUAUAUAGGAAAUUUUAUUCAAGCCUUAUUAUUAUAUUUUGAUAUGGUUAGUCUCUGUGAACGAAAAAAUAAAUUGAUACAAUGCUUUCAGUAUAGUAUCAUGCUUACGUGUACAUUUUUUAUUAUACGCAUGUUUAUGUUGGAUCGUUUUGGCAUUAUCAACAUGGAACACUAUUAGAUGCCAUAAAAAUUUCGGUAACUUUAUGGCAUUCUACAUACGAUACGAACCAUCUCCUAAAUCCGACAGAAAAUUAGUAAUAAGAGAAUCAAGUAGUAUGGCAAAGCAUUCACACAUCGUCUAAAUUAAGUGAAGAUUAAUAUUAUAUAAUUUAAAAAUUUUAAAAGCUAAAUUUUUUUUAGAAAAAAUGUACAAUUAUAAUAGAAAGUUACAAUAAAUAACAUAAAAGUUUAAUAAAAAUGAAUUUUCUCUAUUACGAAGUAAAAUAAUU